AUGUCUUUCGAGAGGGAAUCCAGUAGCUCCAGCAUUGACCAUGGCACUGCUACAUUUGUAGUAGGACCUGAGAAGACGGUCACUGCGUUGGAAGUGACCGAAGACGGGCCAGACAGCCAUGGCACCAGAAGAGAUGUCUCAGGGGAUGUCCUGGACGACGGGCUGCGACGAGGUUUGAAGGGGAGACACUUUGUGAUCAUUGCGCUCGGCAGUAUCAUUGGCCCGGGGACAUUCUACGGGUUGGGCUAUGCGAUCUACCUGUCUGGGAUCUCGGUGUGGGUCCUGAUGCAGAGCGUGGGCGAGAUGACCACGCUGUUUCCCAUUCACGGAGGAUUUGUUGAACACGCCGGUCGCUUCGUUGAUCCAGCUCUGAGUUUUGCCAUGUCGUGGCUGUACUAUCUCAUGUGGAGCGUCUUCCUCGCAGCAGACUGGAACUCCGCCAUCCUCAUCCUUCGCUAUUGGGUGCCAGAAUCGAAAUUUCCCUCCUACGCCUGGGCACUCAUCUUCUGGGCCGUCUUCUCCGUGGUCACCCUUCUCGGCGUGAAUGUAUACGGGGAGUUGGAGUACUUCUUUGGCAUGUUCAAGUUCCUCUCCCUGAUUAUCCUCUUCAUACUUUCCAUCGUGGCCGAUGUAGGCGGAUUCGGUGGUGGAUAUAUUGGAUUCAGAUAUUGGACGAAACCAACCGGCCCUAUUAUACAUGGAAUCGACGGAUUCGGACAGGUCUUCGUCCUCGCGGCAGCCUACUACGUUGGCACGGAAAUUAUUUCUCUGGCUGGUGGCGAGUCGAGGAAUCCGAAGAAAGACAUUCCAAAGGCUAUCAACUCUGUGGUAUACCGCAUAUUGGUCGUCUAUAUCGGCAUGCCUUUCUUCCAAGGACUAAUAUGUCCAUCGGACUCACCAGACCUCCUGAAUGCAGACUCAGUGGUUGCAUCCUCGCCCUUCACGAUCGGCUUCACUAAGGCAGGGUGGAAGACGUCCGGCCAUUUCGUCAAUGCUCUGAUAACAGUGGCGUUCGUCUCCGCAGCCAAUGGCGUGGUAUAUGUACAGUCACGGACUGUCUACUCCUUGGCUUUGAGUGGGAGAGCUCCAAAGAUCUUUGCUCGAACGACAUCUCGUGGAGUUCCCUGGGUUGCUAUACUCACCUCCAAUCUCUGGGGCUUCCUCUGCCUGAUGAACCGAAAACUCUCCGCAGGCCAAGUAUUUGCGUACAUGACCAGCGUCGGAGGCACUGCAGCUUACAUCGCGUGGGCCGCCAUCAUUUUCACGCAUCUGCAGAUCCGGGCCGCGGCGAAGAAACAGAACAUCGACGUCAGCACCUUCCCGUACAAAGCAUUCGGGAGCAUCUGGAUCUACCGUCUCAAUUUUGCGUUCAAUAUCUUCCUCCUCUUCAUCCAGGGAUAUACGGUCUUCAAGCAUCCCUUCAACUGGAGGUCGUUCAUUGCGUGCUACAUCACGAUUCCAACCUUUUUCAUUCUGUUCUUCGGGUUCAAGCUCUACUACAAGACUCGUUGGGUCCGCCUCCAUGAAGUUGACUUCUCGGAUCGCCGAGAAUGGGUUGCUCCUGCAUCGAAAGCAUCUGCUUAA